CUUCUGUCUGGUGGUCAAUCGGUCAACGAGAAUAUGAAUGGAAUCUGACCCUGUUCUGGCCUCAAGUCGUUGUCUUCAAUGAUCCAAGAAGACUGGAAUUCAGAUUCGAGAUAACGGCGAAAUCUCCCUGACUUCGAUUGGACCUUCUACUCACGGCCAUUGAGGCUUUAGUUCCCUAACUGACAUUCCAACAGUUCCUGACUCUGGCCGCAACAUGUCCAAGGCUAGCUUCACCGAGGAUCAGAUUGCAGAUUUUCAAGAGGCCUUCCUCUUAUACGACAAUCGCGGCGACGGCAAAAUCGCCGUAUCUCUGAUUGGCGAUGUGAUGCGGGCCCUGGGACAAAAUCCCACCGAGUCCGAUGUCAAGAAGCUCGUUCAAGAGCAGAGGGCCGACGACCGUGUGUCAUUCGAAACCUUUUUGCCGAUUUUCCAGGCAAUUUGUGGUCGACGAAGUACCGACACGACCGAGGACUUUGUCGAAGGACUUCGUCACUUUGACAAAGACGGCAGUGGAUUCAUCUCAUCUGCGGAAUUGAGGCAUCUUCUCACAACUCUGGGAGAGAAGCUGAAUGAUGAAGAGGUUGAGCAGCUACUGACGGGACACGAGGAUUCCCAUGGGAAUGUCAACUACGAGGAGUUUGUUCAAACUGUCAUGAGUGGAUAGUGACCGAGCUCCUUUCGGAGUUUACUCACUCAUGCAAUUGAUUAUAUUGACGAUAAGGACGAUUGUUAUUGAACUUCAAAAGCAACAAUCCACUAUCAGCUUUUCUUUGGACUUGAAUGAGAGAGACAGUGAUUCGAAUACCACCAAAGACAGACGAGAAUGUGACUUUCCCUUCCUCCUUUCCAUUGACCGCACGUGUGAUUAAUUUGGCUUCAAAUGUAAUAAUACCCCAGCAUAAAUACUAAAAACACACGUGCAUUGUUCAA